AUGAGCGAAGCAUCCCAGUCCCUUGUCAAAGGUGGCAUGGGAAGAAAACGGUACGCCAUCGUCGGCACUGGUGGCCGAGCCGACUUAUUCUACAAUGCCAUUGCAACUGAUUACAGCUCAACCUCGUGCAUCGUCGGGCUAUGCGACACGAAUCACGUCAGGAUGGACUACGCCAACAGCCGGCUCGAGGUUCUGGGCCACGGCAAAAUGGCGAGGGAUCAUGAUGCCCAUCAUGAGCUGUUUAAUGUGGAGUUUGGAGCGAUUCCGGGGUUGAUGGAUAAGCUGCAUGGGACGGAUUUGAGGAGUAGGAGGAGGAGGAGGGAGUAG